AUGUCUGGUUUUGUAUUUUAUCAAGAAAAUCCGUGGCUGUCCUCAAGAUUUUUUGUUUUCCCCUUGUUUUUGCUUACUGUUUUCUUGAUCAGGAAGUGGUUUAACCCCUCAAAAACCCCUUUAAACCACCCACCAUCUCCACCAAAACUCCCAAUAAUUGGAAAUCUGCAUCAAAUUGGGUUGAAUCCCCAUAGAACUCUUCAAUCCUUAGCCCAAAAGCAUGGCUCCCUGAUGCUUCUUCAUCUGGGCAACGUCCCCAUUCUUGUUGUGUCAUCAGCCGAUGCAGCUCGAGAAAUUAUGAAAACCCAUGAUCCCAUUUUCUCAAACAGGCCUAAAUCAAGUGUAGCAAGUGGGAUUUAUGAAUGCAAAGAUAUAGCAUUUUGUCCCUAUGGUGAAUACUGGAGGCAGGUAAAGAGUAUUUGCGUUUAUCAGCUUUUAAGCAAUAGAAAAGUACAGUCUUUUCGAAAUGUUAGAGAGGAAGAAAUUUCUCUUAUGGUUGAGAAGAUUAAAGAAUUGGGUUUUUCGAAUGUGACGAUUAAUUUGGGUGAGAUAUUUGCAUCACUUGCAAAUGAUGUGAUUUGUAGAGUGGCAUUAGGCAGGAAAUACAGUGAUGGAGAAGGUGGGAUAAAAUUUAAGGAGGUUUUGGAGACUUUGGGGGAAUUAUUGGGUGCUUUUGAUGUAGGAGAAUUCAUUCCAUGGCUUGUUUGGACGAAAUAUAUUAAUGGUAUGGAUUCAAAAGUGAAGAAAGUUGCUAAAGAUCUUGAUGAGUUUCUUGAAAGUGUAGUGCAAAUGCACAUUGAUGAGAAGAGAAGAAAGGGGAAUAAUGAUGAGAAAAUGCAAGAUUUUGUGGAUGUUUUGCUUGAAAUUCAGGAAAAAAAUGAGACUGGAUUUGUUCUUGAUGGAAUCUCUGUUAAAGCUCUCAUCUUGGACAUGUUUGCAGCUGGGACUGAUACAACAUUCACACUUCUUGAGUGGACAAUGUCUGAACUCAUAAGGCACGAUCAUAUUAUGAAGAAAUUGAAGAAUGAAGUGAGCAAUAUUGCAGGAUGCAAAUCACAUAUAACAGAAGAUGAUAUAGACAAACUGCAAUACUUGAAAGCAGUCAUAAAAGAGACUCUAAGGCUGCACACUCCACUCCCGUUGCUCGUUCCCCGAGAAUCGACCCAAGAUGUUAAACUGUUAGGCUAUGACAUUGCAGCUGGGACACGAGUGAUCAUCAAUGUUUGGGCCAUCGGUCGAGAUCCAUCUUUAUGGGAAAAUCCAGACAAGUUUUGGCCUGAAAGAUUCUUGAACAGCCCUAUAGAUUUCAAAGGGCAACAUUUCGAGUUAACUCCGUUUGGUGCAGGUCGAAGAAGCUGUCCUGGUGCUGCAUUUGCCAUGGGAAUAGUUGAGCUUGCACUGGCAAAUCUUGUUGUGAACUUUGAUUUUUCAUUGCCUGGUGGAGUAAGUGGGGAGGAUUUGGAUAUGACUGAAGGCGAUGGUAUUACUGUGCAUAAAAAAUUCCCUUUAACUGUUUUGGCAAGUUUUAACUCUAUAUGA